CACAAUCUAUUGUUAUGAUAGUAAAUAACUUGUUAAGUGUUGAUGAGGAAAUUCUAAUGGAAAGUCAAAUGGAGGAUCAGGCUCCUACUAAAAUUGUUGAAGUUCUUGAAGAUCAAUUAGGCAAAGUAGAGCUAAAUGAAAAAGGUAUUUAUGAAGAAACGACACCUAACAUAGCAGUACAGGCUCAGAUGUUGAAAGCAACUCAACUUAGUGAAGAAAACAUGAUGUACUUAACUUUUAUAUCAGAAUCAAAUAAGAAUGGUGUAGGCGCUGUUGAAGUAUUUGCCGAUGGUGUGAAAAUACCUGAUGCUGCCAAUGUGUCAAUUGCACUGCCAAGCAGUAUAUCUGACGUCAUCAGUGUUAAUAAUAUGACAGAUUUCCGGAUUAUAGUUAUUGUUUAUAAUGACAGUAGACUGUUCCAAUCUGCUCAGUUCAUUAAUGAUACAUCAGGUCGCAGACCAAAUAGUCAAGUUAUUUCUCUGUCAGUGCCUGGAUUAGAUCCUGUUAAACUGGACGAGCCCAUCGUUACCACAUUCAUUCCCAUUGAAAUUUCUGAAACAAACAGAAAUACAACCUGUGUCUUUUGGGACUUCAUACUGGAUGGAAUUGGAGGAUGGUCGACUGAAGGCUGCACAUUUGUAAAUGGAUCAGAUGAUGGAAGUGAUAAGCAGUAUUGCGAGUGCACUCAUCUAACUAACUUUGCUAUACUUAUGGAUUUCCAUCAGAUGUCAUCUCUUCCCCCUGCAGCAGCUGACAUUGUGAUUAUUGUUGGCUUAAGCAUAUCAAUUGCAUUUCUUUUUCUGACAUUACUUACUUUUGUGAUUAAAAGAUCAUAUAACAGCAAAAAGGAAGAACCAGUGGUUCAGGAAAUGGGUGAUUAUAUCACAUCAGUAAAUACACCAACCUGUCUGCCAACUACUGGCAAUAAUGAUGCUGUUGCAGCGCAAUAUAUGGACGGAUUCAGUAGUGAUAAUACUCCUCAUACUUAUGAUGAAAUUCCAAAUCCUAAUACAGGGUAUGAAGUAGUUCUUCCAACCAGUGGUAUUGAGAUUGUUGUUGCGCCCCAAUCUACGGAAACACAGUUGGUGAAUGUUCCUCCUGCAGGACAAUCUUUGGAGAAUCAUAGGAGUGAUAAUACCCCUCAUGUUUAUGAUGACAUUCCAAAUCCUAAUACAGGGUACAGGGGCGGAUCCAGAGAUGUCCAAAAGGGGGGGGGGCCGAAAUUAUGGCCGAUCGCCACAACAAUGACCUAGGGGGUCCGGGGGCAUGCCCCCGCGAAAUGUUUGUGUUCUAGACGCCUGAAAAUAACAUUUGAGGCGUUGUGGGCUAUCAUUUUUUUUCUUUUUCUUUCUUUUUUUCUUUUUUUAUUUCUUUUUUUGACCUUCCCCCCUAAAUCCGCCCCUGGGGUAUAAAGUACCUCUGCCAACCAGUUACGUUAAUGUGGCGUGUGAACAUCUUUACGUUAAGGUUGACUAAUGCUUGCCACUGUUAUUCAAUAGCGGCUUUAGGAUACAUUUGGGCGGGGAGAUUUUAUAAAGAAAAAAAAAACCCAGAAAAAACAUACACAAAGAGCAAAUACAGAGUCAAAUUGUGAAAAAGACCUAAACCUAAAGAGUAACAGUAAAAUUUAUAAUAGUUAAUUAAAAAAUCAAUAAAACUAAAUUAGAUAAACAAGGAAGUUAUAAUUGAAAUUUUAUGCAAAGAUUUUUAAAAUAUUAAGGUGCAAAAUUUGGAAAAUAUUGCUCAAUGGGUGUGGAUUAUUAAUUAUUGUUUAAAUAUGAUUCUAUCAAACUUUAUAAUUACAACACAAAAUCAACAUUAUAAAUUAAUACAUUUUUUAUACAUUAAUCAUCAAUUAAACAUUUACAAAGUGAACAUGUUUUAAUGUAUAUACAUUAUUUAUAGGAAACAUUAAAAUUAACUUAUACAAAAUAUAUAUAAUUACAACAUGAAAUCAACAUUAUUAUUAAUACAUGUUUUUAUACAUCAGUCAUCAAUUAAAAAUUUACAAAAUUAACAUUAACGCUAGAACUGUAGAGACCGCGUUAUA